AAAAAUCGUAGCCCCACCAAUAAAACUUAAAGUGAAGUUUCUGUAGAGAAAUUAUACUCAGUAUAUAUAUAUAUAUAUAAACCAACUUGGCAUGAUAUGAAUAUGACAACUACCCAUUACUGAAUUAUUUCUUAUAAAGGCAUGGAGUUGCAAUAAUGUCUUAGCUUUUGUAAAAAAAAUCAGUUCAAAUAAUUGAUUUUAAGGACCUUCAUUCAUGGAACAAAGAGCCUUUUUCCCCAUAAAAAGAGAACUAUAUAUAUAUAUAUAUAGUAUGUAGGUUAAGAUAAGUAUAUAUAUAAAACCAACUCUAGACAAAUCUACUAGUUGGACUUUGAGUCCAUAGAAAUAAUUAGUGUCUAAAAUUUCUAAAUCUAUCAAUUUAUAUCCAAUAAUUACAAGUAUUAGGGCACUCCACCUUCUCUAAAUAAUUAACCUAUCUAGCUAGGCUUGACUAUUUAAGUAUAAAGUUUAUAUUUUAAAUGUUAAUUAAUGUUAGAAAAUAUAUUUUAAAUUUUGGAUUAAUUAUAAAAAGAAAAAUCUUUUUUUUUUAUAGUGUUCAAUUGAGACCUUGAUAGAAAAGGGUUAUCUAGGACUGACCAUUCCCACCCACCCACUGGAACUCUUUUUGGACUAAACACACAUAUAUUAAUAUACAUAUAUAUAUAGGGGUUUUUUAUGGCUCUUUGUUGUUUUCAAUUCUUGAAUGGUUUUUGGUGUAAUUUUUUCAUGAUUGUGUAUAUUGUAGUUGUUUAGAGCAUUCUACAAAUUUUCAAAAAAUUCCGAAUAAUUUACAAUACCGAUAACUAGAUUUAAAUAUGUUACUUUCUACGCGUAAAAAAAAAAUUAAUCAAUCUACUUUUCGGUACUAUAAAUUAUUCAAAAUUUUUUAAAUAUCGUAUUAAUAUUCUAAGUAGCUACAAUAUACACGGUAAUAAGUCUAAAUAUAGUAAAAAACUAUUGAAAUGACAAGAAUACUGAAAGUCCCAAGUGGGGAUUAAUAUAUAUAUAUAUAUAUUUAUAUAGUCACAUGCACACACAAAACAAAACAUACUUACGUACGUACUCACAACAAGUCAACAUCAUCAUCUACAACUUGUCCCCAACCCAACUAUGAUCACCUCUAUAAACCAAACACCUUCUCUCUCUCUCAUUCGGUGAAAAAAACAAUAAUGCUUAUGUAAUUCUUAGAAGCAAAACUGAGCUGAGCAACCAUGGCGGUCCAAAACUCUUUCGAAAUCGACAGAGCUUCCUGCGACGACGAUGGUCACCCACUUAGAACCGGAACACUAUGGAGCUGUGUGGCUCACAUCAUCACUGCUGUUAUAGGCGCUGGAGUGCUCUCUCUAGCUUGGAGUACUUCUCAGUUGGGUUGGAUUGGUGGCCCAGUUUCGUUGCUGUGCUUUGCCAUAAUCACCUAUAUCUCUUCGUUUCUUCUCUCUGAUUGUUACAGAACUCCUGAUUCUGUAACUGGCAAGAGAAACCACUCUUAUAUUGAUGCUGUUCGAGUUAAUCUAGGUAGUAAACAUACUUUGGUUUGUGGGUUACUUCAAUAUUUGAGCAUGUUUGGAACUGGUAUUGCAUAUGUGAUUACUACUGCAACAAGUAUGAGUGCAAUCAUGAAAUCGAAUUGUUACCAUAAAAAAGGGCACGAGGCUGAUUGUUCUUAUGGAAAAACUCUGUACAUGUUGCUAUUUGGAGUGGUGCAAAUUUUUAUGUCACAGAUUCCAGAUUUCCAUAACAUGGCUUGGCUUUCUAUCAUUGCUGCUAUCAUGUCCUUUGCCUAUGCUUUCAUUGGAUUUGGCCUGGGCUUCGCCAAAGUCAUAGAAAAUGGAACAAUUAAAGGGAGCAUAACAGGAGUUCCAGCUUCAAACAUGGCCGACAAACUAUGGCUAGCCUUCCAAGCACUCGGAGACAUCGCUUUCGCCUAUCCAUACGCGAUUAUCCUUCUCGAGAUUCAAGACACCUUGAAAUCUCCUCCAGCAGAGAACAAAACCAUGAAGAAGGCUUCAAUGGUUGCAAUCUUUGUGACAACAUUCUUCUACCUCUGUUGUGGUUGCUUUGGCUAUGCAGCCUUUGGCAACGACACACCGGGGAACCUCCUAACCGGGUUCGGAUUCUACGAGCCUUUUUGGCUCAUAGACUUUGCCAAUGCCUGCAUUGUUCUGCACUUGGUGGGAGGAUAUCAGAUAUACAGUCAGCCUGUAUUCUCAGUGGUGGAAAAAUGGUUCAUCAGAAAAUUUCCAGACAGUGCUUUUGUGAAUAACUUCCACACAGUCAAAAUUCCAUUGCUGCCACCAGUUCAGCUCAAUUCUCUCAGACUGUGCUUCAGAACAGCUUAUGUGUUGUCCACAACUGGACUUGCCAUGUUGUUCCCUUACUUCAACCAAGUUUUGGGAGUGUUGGGAGCCUUGAAUUUUUGGCCUCUGGCCAUAUAUUUUCCUGUGGAGAUGUAUUUUAUACAGAGGAAAAUAGUGGCUUGGUCUAGAAAAUGGAUUGUUCUUAGAACUUUUAGCUUCUUUUGCUUUCUUGUCACUGUGGUUGGCCUCAUUGGAUCCCUUGAAGGCCUUGUUACUGCCAAAUUAAGCUAAUUAAGAAAACAAUGGAUUAUUAUUACUAUUAUUGUUUAUUAUGAUGUAGUAAUGUCAUUCUUCUUUUGAUUGAGAA